AUGGAUGUGAGGGAAGAGGGAAGCCCUACAAAUCCUCAAUUCCAUGAAAGAAUGAGUGCACUUAGGUUUCUGAAGGCAUUCAUACUAAUGGAGGCGGGACUUAGUUUUAUGAAGAUAUCUACUGGGUUAACAGUGCUGGCACUCACCAGACAUGAGACAUGUGAAAUGCCUCUGAAAUUUUUCUUGUUGGUGUAUGUGGUAAUGACGAUUGCCAGAUUUGGGAUCUUUUUAUCGAAGAAUCUAGCGUUUUUCAGAAUAAACAGGAUACCGGAGUACAGGGAGGAUGCGGAUGCUAAUCUGCUGUCGAACUUUACAGAGAUUCUACUGUUAUUUUGGUACUUAAUUGGGUUUGGAUGGCUGCAGGAGUGCAAGAACUGUAAUGUGACAAACCCACUGCUGUACUACACGUCUGCAGUAUUCAUCACACUUGGAUUCGUGGCAUUCAUAGCGCCGCUGCUUGCAAUUAUGCUGCUGUUGUUUUUGAUAACAUUUAUCAAGCCAAAGUUACAGGAGAUAUUGUACAAGGACCAAAACGACCUGUCAGACGACACUUAUCAUUGCACCAUAUGUUUUGAUAACUACGUGCCAGGCACUAAGCUGAAGCUGCUGCCGUGUGGGCAUCAUUUCCACCAGGAGUGCAUUGAUGAAUGGCUUGAUCUAAAGGACACAUGUCCACUGUGCAAAAAGAACAUCAAUCUGCUGUAUGAUCUGAUCGAUCCGCCCAUGUAUGAGGUAUGA